UGGCAGCAACAGUGUGUGGAACUCAAUGAGUUCUACCGAAGAAUAUAGCUCUUUAGUCAUACUAGUCACACGUACCAUUUUCAACGUCAAUAUUUUGUAAAUAUUAGGCAAUAAAAAGGGAUGGAGUUAGCAAUAGAUUCUUCAAAAGUUAAGAACGUGAAUACCACACGAGCAAAUAAUUGCACGUUUUAAUAGUCACCUUCCUAAAUUAAUCAACUUCUGCGAAUGUUUAAAAAUUUUAGUUUAAUCUGAAGUAUUAUUUAAUAAAUUGGUAUCCAUAACUUGAAAUUAUAACAGCGAAAAUUUGUGUAAAUUUGUUUGUGGGAAAUAUGUGAAAGAAAGAUCUGGGUCCUUCCUGCAUUUAUGGCAACGCGGUUAAACGAAUGAAAUUAUUACAUACACAUAUUUCACUGCGUUUGUUCAUGAAUUUGUGCGGUAGAGAAAAUUUGGUAAAAAUAAAUGUUUGAUUAAUGAUAUUAUUAAUAAUAUCUGCUAAAAUAGUGCAGUGUGCAGUGCAGAUCAUGAAUAAUAUCAAUUUGUUUGUUUAUGAGUGUGUUUAAAUAUAGAAAAAUUAAGUUCAAUUAGUGCGUAUAAGUGAUACACAAUUUCCCCAACCCACUGCAGCAACUACGGACUGCAACAACAACGGCUCUGAAGAAGAAAAUUUUGUGAAAUUAAGUGUUCGCCGAGCAAUAAGCGCGCCCAACAAAACUUCCAACCAUCUCACUCUGGCUCAGUUUUCUGAAAACUGAUUAUUUUUUUCGUUUUGUGUUUUGAUCCCUUAUCGUUGAUGGAAGAUUAUUACCUGUCAAAAAUGUUAAACUUUACCGCAUGCAAAUAAGGAAAUCGAAAUGUAUCAACACAUUCGAUUGCGAAGGCUGUCUAAUGAAUCAACGGCCGCUUCCUCUAAAGUUGUAGAACUCGAAGAGUUUAAGCAAAGGGAAAAUGAUAAUAUAUUCAUUAAUGAUGAUGUACUCAAAUUGAAAGAGCUAUCUAAUAAAAUGGAUGAGCUCGAGGAAGUAAUCUUGGUGGAAGAUGAACCAGCCUUAACUUUACCACAGUUAAGCAAUGAAUGCUGGGACAAUUUUGUGGAGGAACUAUCAAAGAAAUAUGAGAAUGAUGAGAUCCCGAAUUCAGGAUAUUCGACAGAAUUUCAGAAUGCUACAUCAGUAUUUCAAGCGCAAAGGUGUUUAGAAAAUACUGUUAAUACAAUAUCCGCGACGAAUACAGAACGGGUCGCCACUAAUGAUAAGCCAAUUCACAGUAUUAGUAGCGGCGAAGGUGAUCUUAACAGUUGUGGCAUUUUUAAGGAUCGAAAUGCUACCACUUGCCCAGUACCAGAAACUGGCGAAUUACCAAAAUCUUCGUUAAAUGAUAACGGAAAAACAGACGAAAUAAAAGCUGACAAUAGUCAGUUAAAUGAACAUUGUGGAACAACAGAAACGGAUGAAAACAAUAAAGAUAUAAUUCAAGGCAAUGAAAACUCGAGGCCCAAUAAAGAGCAAGAGGAUAGUGAUUCGCGAAGCAAAGACUUGCCUGAGUUGAGCAAUUCGAGAAAUAACUCGUGUUUGAAUCGGCACAAAGAAUUGACAGGAAUCACUAAGAAAUAUCAGGAUAUUAAAACGAUAUCCUAUCAAGUGACGUUUCAUCAAAUUCUUCGCUCAUUCGAAUUGGAUAAGUCUGCACCAGCGAUGUUAAGUACAGUGCCUGGUUUUCCAAUUGAGUUGGAUUUUCCUGAUUUUAAUAUGAAGGAAUUUGUGAAAUUUGUAAAAAAUUUUCAAAUGACUGAAAACAUUGAUGAUGUACGGCAUUUAUGGAUACAGGUUAAAACUUGGUUGAGUGCCAUGAAACCUCCAUAUGAUAGUACAACGAACUAUACAAAAUACCACAGAAAACUCAAUUGGUAUCUGACUGAGUUAAUGGCGCAAUAUAUAAAAUUUGAAAUCGAACACAGCGUACAAAAUGAAAAUUAUUAUAAAUUGAAAUUGGAGUCACUAUUGAACACUGUAUCAUCAUUACUGAAUGAUGAUGUAAAAUUAAAAAUAUUAACGUUGCUACGCACAGAUUUCCCAUACAAGCCGAGUAACAUAUUAGAUGAUCUGUUCAAAAAAUUUUUAACGCACCCGCAAUUACGUCUGGAAAACAACAGCUAUGGAAACUAUCGUUUGAAAGUUUUAGCCUACCAAAAAUGGAUGCAUUAUACGAAUAGAAAAAAGCAGGAUAUAAUUGCAAUCGCCAUCAAGGAGGGUUCAGCUUAUUUACCCCGUUUAGUGCCGAAGAAUAUUGAGGAUCCAUUUUAUAAUGUUGAUAAUAGCGCUCAUCAUAUUGAUGAUUUCGAUAAACAAGGCACUAGAAAAUUAUUGGAAGAGGUCGUGAGCAUCGACAUCCUGCAAGCAACAAUCAAUAAAUAUUUACAAGUAUACGAAAGUCAGCUCUAUGACAGCUAUGAUUUUAGUUUACUGCGCCCUUAUGAACUAGAGAAAAGCCAAACGUUUUGUGUACAAAAUAACGCUUCCAGUGCAGCGUCUACGCACAUACAAACACACAACAGCCCCACGCAGCCAGUUUCAGCGAGACAUGAUGUGCGACACUGUCAUCGACGGCGAAUGCAUCAUCGUCAUCAACAUCAACAUCACCACCACCAUCAGCAUUGCGAGCAACAUGAUUCAACAAAUUGUAGUACUGGUCGAUCAACGCAUUUAUCAGUCGGAUGUGAUAUACAUAGAAGAAAUAGGUUAAGUAGUAGUACUUUAAAAUCUUGUAGAUGUAAUUGCAAAUUUUUAGGCUGUAAGAACCAAAGUGAUACUAGUUUAAGUCAUACAAUUAGCACUAAUGAUAUAAUUUCGCUCGAUUCAACCGAUGAUGAAGGUGAAAAUGAUAAAGUGAGUGUUGAAAAGUCAAAAACAAUUAAUCAAAAAGUCAACCAUACUAAAACACAACGAAUGGUGAGAGCGCACAGACAUUUAAUACCUUCACAAUGUGCAGGCAAACGUUACACGCAUAACUCUAAACCAAGCAAUAUUGCAUAUGAAAGAAAAAAACAAAUAGGAGUGAAACCGAAAAAAGUGGAUACAAUUGUAUUGGAUUCAUCAAGCGACGAUGAAGAAAUAGAAAAAUCCACCAAUGCACCUGUUACGACCGAUGAUAGUGUAAAUUUAGCCGAGAAACCACCUGAGAAAUCGGAUCAUGCCGACAAUAUAACAGCACAAGACACCGAAGCCAACAAUCAACAGCUACAGCAGGCAACACCAACCCAACAAGCGGCGGCAUGUACCAGAGCGCAGUCGCAAAGUGUCGCAAUGCCCUUGCGCUGUGCGCUCAUUGGUAGUUUAGCGAUAAAACCGAUAAGAAAGGAAAAGCAUUGCAUACCAGGCGAGGUUUCAAGUACAACAUCACACGAUGAUAUCGUUGAAACGCAAAGACUUAGCCAAACAUCGGCUAUAUCCAGUAGUGCCCAACCGGUUGUGGGUCAUGCGACAAGCGGCUAUGAAAAUGCACGUGAAGUUGGUACGGUUGAGAUACUCGAGAGUAGUAAUGUUGUUGCCGUCAAUGCUGUCGGUGAUGAGGAUGCGGAUGAGAAUGAUGAAGAGGUCUCGAACAGCGCCAUUUUUCCCAUGUGGGGUUAUUCUAAAGUUGUAGAAGAAGCCACCUCAUCGACCGAGAUCUUUCAGAGAAUACAAUCGCUUGAAAGUGUCUCGGUAUCAGCAGCUUUGCGUAUAGUUGAAUCGGCGCCAGUGGUAGCACCUGUUAUGCCAGUAAAUGAGGAAGCGCCCACUUGCUCCCGCUAUGUUAACAACAGUGCGAGAAGUGGCAAUGAAACAGAUGCUAACAAUCAACCAGGUCCUACGAUAAUGCCACUGUUGGCAAUAGAGUGGAGAAAGAGCUUAGAAAACAUAAGUAAUGAAACUGCAAAUGUUGGUAUUGAAAAACUCUCAAAAUCAUGCAUUGAUUUGGCCUAUGAAAGUUGCAGUAUUCAGGAUACAACUGAUGCAACAAGCGCCGAAAAGCAGUCAGUAGUUAGUAUAGACGCGGCGGAGGAAGAAGAGCUUCGCAGUGAACAGCAACUUGAAGGGAAUACUACGCCUAUACAAGCAGACUCCGCUGAUGAGCUAGAAAAAGAUGAAAAAGCAACGACAAUAAAAUCAACACCAUCGCUCGAAGUAGUUGGUAAAGAUGCUGAAAACCUAAAUCUCGAUGUGGAAGAUAGUACGGACGACAAUAGCACAUGCCAUGUGGAUGACGAAACUGCAGCAAUCGAUCGAAUUUUAGCUGAUAUAGAUCAAAAUUUACGCGAAUCACAUGAAUUCAAUGAAAAAUACAUGAAAGCCAAAAAUGCCGCUAAAGUAGAAAGUGUUGGUGGAGCGUCAGAAGUGAGUGAAGCGCCAGAAAACAGAACACAAGAAAUCAUUUCAAAGAAAACCACAACAGAUAAUCUGGUUCAUAAUGUUAAUUUGUGUGCAUCCGAAAAAGUUAUCGAAGAAAAAUCAUCGCUAACAGACACAGACUCAGACGCAAAUGAAGAUGUCAAUGAUGCGAAUAGCGACGAAGUGUCUUGCGAGGCUGUUGAAGAGGAGGUUAUGGAUUUGUUAAAUAACUCGAAUGAAGUUUGCAAAGACCAAACAGUUGCCGAGGAAAUGCCAAGUAACGAGAACUCCGCCGAAGUGUUGUUGGGGACAUCAGACACAAUUGAGCUUGCAGAAUCUCUUAAGCCGCCGAGAGUGGCAGAGGAAGAAAAUGCUGGUAAUAACCUGAACGAUACACAAAAAGACAUGGAGCCAAAUACAAGUCAGCUUAUGGUAUCUGAGAACAUAAGUGAAAGCUUAGAUAAGAUUUCUAAAUCUGCGCAAAUCAAUGACGAAGAGGAAGUUAUACAAAGCGAAAUCGAUGUAAUAAAUCAAAAGGAAGUCAAUGGACAAACUGAGUUUGUAUUGGAUCAAAUUAGUGAAAGUGAGCUCAAUGAAAUAAUAUUGAAUGUCGAGAAUGAACUACUAAGUGACACAGAAAUCAUUGAAGCUGUUGUCGUUGAGGAGCAAACUAAAGAUGAUGGUAAGCCACUGAAUGAUCUCACACAAAAUUCCAAAGCAAUAACUACUGAGGAGCAAGUAAAAGCAAAUAAUAUCGUAGAAGAAUGUAAGUCUGUCAACUUAAAUGAGCACAGCACUAACGAAACAUUUUUUGAAGAUAAAGUCGAAGAAACAACAGCAACACAGCUUAAAGCUACUAAAACCGAAAGCCAUGCGGGGGAGACAGAAACGUUGAUGACGUCUUUCGAAGUCGAAACAGGAAAAGACGUAGUAAACGAAGUUAAAAACGAUCAGAGUGUGACGGAAAAAGCACUCAACACAAAUACAACGGGUAAAGAACCAGCCGAUGAGCUACUUCCAACAGAAACCAAAACAACGGUAGUUAGCGAAAGUGAAAUUGUUGAAGUAACUGAGCCUUCCACUGAAAACUACGAAGUCACCUUAAGUAAAGAAGAUAAUUCACCUUUAAUGACAACACUGAAAACUAACCAAGUCGAACAAGCAAAUGAAUGUAGUCUAACCGAAGAGCAUGAGCCCAAUGAAGGCGUUAAGUUGUCGGAAAUAAAUAUUGGCGAAACUCAAACGCAUGCAAAUCUUGAAACCUCUGUUCCGGAAAAGCUCUUAGAAACUGCAAUCGAGGACAUAGAAAGUCGAGCGCUUGAGAUGAAUAAUAUAUCUGCAGGUCCAAAAAUUAAUGCAGCGCGUGUUGUGAAUACAACUGGCGAUCAGGAUUCUACAACGACUGAAAAAGUAGAACUAACACUGCGCAAUGAGAAGCCGGAGAGCAUUACAAUAAAUAAUAACUAUGAGAUCGUUGAUGAAACUGUGUCUAAAGACGCGCAAGGAUAUCAAGAAACUGAAUGUACUGAAACAUUUUAUAUGAAUACUACCAACAGAGAAGACCGCCAAGACAGAGAAAAUGUAUGCAAUGAUGAAUAUUCAGCAACAGUAUCUGCUACGGAAGCAGUUAAUAAAAUCACCACACAAGAUUCGUUAAAUGAGUUCCAAAAAUGUGCAUUGACGGCUGAUGAAAAAUCGGAAACCAUAUAUACCGAGGAAACCGUGGCAGAGUUAGAGGAAUCUAACGAAUUCACAGGUGCAAUAGAGAGUGUAAAUGAAAUGAGUAUUGCGUCUAAAGCUGACAAUGAGAAUUCAAUAGUCACUGAAAAGGAAAAACCAACCUCGCAGCAAAAAGAAGUUGAGGGUAUUGCAGACAGUGAAAAGUGCGCUUCUGUUGAAGAAACCAUGACCGAAGGUCAAGAAGAAGUUGAAGAAACUAGUUGCAUUGAAAAUUUGGAUGUUGAUCUCACUAGCGAGGAACUUAUUCAAGGCACCGUUGAAAAUAAAGUACAUAUUCUCAGUGGCGAGACCUCAACAAUUGAUGCAGUUAAAGAAAACACACAAAAUUCCGUAAAUGAGUUGGAAAAAUCUCUUACACAGCAUAAUGAAAUAUCUGAAACUAUAGCUACCGAGAAAACAGUUCCACAGUCGGAUGAAUUUAACAAGUUAACAGUACAAAGAGAAGACUUAUGCAUAGAUGGUACAACAACAUUCGAAAGCUAUGAUGAAUCUCAUGAAGUGAGAGAGCCAAGUGCAAGUACCAUUGAAAUAACAAACGAAACUGAGUAUACAACCAAACAAACUGGGGAUGAGUUAAUCGCAACAACCUCAAUCGGUACUGCAACUGCAAUGGAAGACGUAAAACUAAGUCAGCCAACAGAAACAGUUCAAUCAGCGACUGAGUCUGACAUUUUUGUUGAUAAGGCAACACCAUCAGAAGCAACAUAUCAAGAGAAAUCACAUAAUCAAACCAAUAACACAGCCGACCGUAACGUAGAAAAGUCUGGCAACAAACUUCAAUUUGAAACAACUUCAAUAUCCGAUAAUAAGUUCUCCGAAUGCGCUGACAUUUUCAUUGAAGAAGCAACUGAAGUUCCAGAUAUUGAGCCAUUAUUAAUUGUCACGCCGUCUGCCAGCAAUGUUGACGCAUCGAAAGACAUUGUGGUAGGUGUGGAAGAAGCAUCCAUGCAAUCCAUUGAUGAUGAUGUUAUUGAAAACGUAGCAGAAAGCAAAACAAUUGAAGAAGUAUCUGAAACUAUUGACAUCGAAACAACGCAAACUGAGAAAGAAAUUUCUUUAAAUGAAUUGCAAGAAAAUAACGCCACCCAAAUGUGGGAAGAGAAAACUCUUGACUCUUGUGAAAACGUUAAGGUUGCAAGAGUUGAUGUUUCACCAACUGAUGGGAACACUGACAAAACUGGUAACAGAGCUGUGGAGGAAGUAAUAGUGGGUACAAAAGACCUGCAGGACUUUCAUGAAAGCCACACUGCGGAAAUUCACGAAGAAAUUGAAGAGAUGUCUGCUGAAAUUACAGAAGAAGUGAUGGAUGAAGAAAAUUCAUUAACCAACAUGAAUACAAAGCAGCAAUUGGAAAAAAAUAAAGAAGCUGAGAUUUUUAAAUCACACACAACUGCUGAGACUAACGACACAUGUAGCAAUAAUGCUGAAAUUGUAGGUAAAAUGAGUGAAGAGCCAAACAGUAACGCAAUAACGGUAGCAAAAGAAGACAAUCUGAAGUCUGCUGAGCAAAGUGGGGAUGGAGAAAAUGAUGCUGCGGCAGAAGAUGCAGUAAUAAAGAGUACUAACACCGCUGAAAGUAAUGAAAAGGGUAUAGAUGCUGACCCUGUGGAAGUAGCAGAAACUGCUGUGGUUGAAAGUGAUGAAAUGGAUGAGAACAACUGGAUAGUUUUAGAAAACGAAAGUGAGCAGAAAAUUUCAAACGAAAAUGUUGAUAUAUUCAGCGAAAAACUCGCUAAAACCACAGAGCUCACGGAGUCUGAUAAAACACCCUCUUUGGUCUUGCAAAACAGUGUGUACGCAAACUCAGCGGCCGAAACAAUUGGCACAGAUGAUUUAUCCGGUAAUGAGAAAGUCGCGCCUACUGAAGAUGUUGAGUCGGUCGAAGCUAUUGAAGAAACUUCGACUGAAUCACCAUUACCUUCACACAUACAAGCAGCUAUUGUAGAAGAAACCAAAAAGAAUAGUAGCGCAAAUGAAGAAGCAGAAAUAGUUGCGCCAAAUGAAAAUUUAGCGGAAAUAGAGUUAGAAAGUACUACGGAAAAGGUUGAUCAAAUAAGCGAAUGCAUUCCAACUGUUGAUGACGACUGCUCAACAAAGAUUGCUUCAACGGUGCUUCCGCCAAAUGAAGCUGUUACAAAUAAUAUUCGUGACAGUAACAGUGAGCGGGUGGAGGAAACAGCCAAUGAGAGCAACUUUGAAAGGGAACAAACUGAUGUAGAAUUUUCCAUGAAUUCGGCUGAAAACAUCGUUGAAGAAACUCAGCCCAUAGAAGCAACAACUCGAGAAGUGCUUGAGGAAAGCACUCAAACCACAAGGAAGGUAACAGCAGAUGCCGUAGUUAUGGAAGGAAUAAAAGAAUCGGUUGCAGAAAAAUCUGAUAAUGCCGUUAAAGAAUGUGAGAGUAAAAAUUCUGUAAAUAAGCAAACAACAGCGUUUGCCACUUCUGACAAUACCGAGCUGAAUGCUUUUGCGCCAAAUACUACAUUCGAAUAUCCAGACAGUAGAAGAAGUGACAGAGAAGUUGUCGAUCCUUCCUUCAGCAAACAAAAAUCCAAACAGAAAUUGAAAAUACAUAAGUUAAUGAAGUCGUGCUCAACGCAGAAGAGGAGGUCUCCUUUACCUUGUGUACACAAAAAGAUUAUGAAAUCCAAAUCUUUACGUAUUCUCAGUCUGAAACGUACCAAGAGUCGUCUUGCUUCCGGCACCGAGCUGAAUCAAAAUUUAUUGUUGGAUAAAGAGGAAACGGCUGAAAGUGAACUGACAGAAGAUUUGGUUAACAAUAUUGCAAAAUUAGUUAUCGAAGAAAGCACUGAAGAAGUGAGUGAAAGCGAAGCUUUAAACGAGGACACAACUUUUACUCAGCCCACCACACAAGCUAAUGACGGCGCCACAGAAAAAGAUAACCAAGAAAGUUUGUCGCGCGUAGACAGCGAAGAGUUGGCUGUAAGUAUGGAAGCUGAUGCUGAGAAGUCAACGGUGCAGCAGACUACGCAACCGGAAGUUGCGACGGCGGAAGAUUGUUCAACACUGCAGCGUUUGCCGGCCGAUUACAAUUCAGAGGAAAUAUUAGCAGUGGCCACAUUGAUCAAUAUGCGUAAUAAAUACAAUUUUAUUGACGAUGAAGCGCUGGUUGCUGAGGUGUCGCAGGACAUAAGUCGCCAGCAUUCAGGGGAAAUUGCAAAAGAAUCUGCAGCGGCGGGUUUAGAGCAAGCCGAAGCACAAAUUGCGCCAAUAAAAAAACGUGUGAGUUUCGACGAGGAAAACCUAUUGCAGUUGUUUAAGGAGAAGCGUAACAUUGUAAAGAAAGUUAAGAAGUUAGCCAAAAAGAAAUCGGGAAAAUCUCACAAAACGGCGGGCAGUUUACUCAGCAGCGGGGGAAGUAGUGGCAGGAAAUAUGUCCAACAAAGAUUACUCGAAUUAGUUAACGCUUCUGAUGAAACUGACGAAACGGCUACAACAGAAAGCGAAACUGAGCCAUUGUCGGAGGUUCCGAAAAGGCGUCAACGUAGAAAAGUAGAAACUGAAAUUGACGCUGCGGUAGAGGAAGCGCAACCGUUGUUAACUGAAAUGGCUGCACCGAGAGAUGAGUCAAAACUUGAAGGCGUUCAGCAUGAUAAUAAGAUUUACCCAGUGCGGCUUACCUCUAGGCAUAAGACGGAAUCUAUCAUAGAAAUGAAGUCAACAAAAUCUACUAAAAAUGUCGGUCUUCGGCAUGUACAACGCGAUUUGGCGCCGAAAACGCAUAUUGAGGAGUUCGUUUCCGAUUUUAUUGUACCCGACGAAAAAGUUGAACCGUUAUGUGCCGAAAAUCGCCUAAAGCCCAAAUCAAGCAGGGAGAAUGUUUUAAAUGUCAGUCGUUUAAGUGUUGAUGGUACAAAAAUGAAAUUUAAAAUAACACAAAAGGAUGCAGUUGGAAAAGAGAAACCGACCACGAGUAGCCAAAAUGAAGCACAAUUAAAGGAGAUAGAAAUUAAAAAGGAAAUAUUUUCUCCGCAGAAGAUAAUGAAGACACGCCGAUUGGUGGUAAAACUUAAACGUUUGAAACUCAGCGCGUUUGGCAUUGUGAACUCGAAGACGAGUGUAGUUAGUGCGAUGUCUGCGUCAGAACAGACUGCGCCCACUAAUUCCUGCGAAGAUGUAACGAAGACUUGCUCAGAUUCGUCCAUUAAAACAGGCGAAUUAGAAACAAAUAUAUCAGCCUCAAGUAAUGCAGAGCCCGACAUCGCAACGGUUGUGAAAGACACUGCAAAUAUGUCGGCUAAAGCAGCUAAAAAGAGGGCGCGCGGCAAAUGUGCUAAUGUCCUUAAAACAACGUCAAAAGAUGUAGAAGCAACUUCGAAAGAAGAAAUCUUUACCGCUACGAAGUUAACCCCAAUAGAAGAGGUUGCUACGCCACCAGAACCACUUUCGAAUAGCGAGCAAUUGGAUAUCAAUUUUGAAGCUACUAUAGAAAGCACGGCUCAAACAACACUUUUGGACAACAACGCUGAAGUUGCGGCAACACUCACGACGACUCACUCGACGGCAAAAUCGCCUACCAAGAAAUCCGUGGAAAACAAAAUGAAUACAACAACUUCAACUAACAAAGAAACUUGUUCCACCGAUGCAUCUCCUAAUAAAGAGUUUUCUAUUAUAAAAGCUGACGCUCUUCAAGAGCAACCUCAAAGUCAGCAACAACCAGCAAAAGAGCAUAAUUCAACAGCAGAAGCAAACUCUAGGGUGUCUUCAAAUAAAAAAGGCAAUUCAAACAGAAAGGCUUCUCAUAGGAGGAAACUUGAAUUCACAGAAGAAGCAACAACUUCAAAUGAAGAAUUCACAAAACAAUCAACGCUUUUAAAAAAUCUUGAUCUCAUGAUAAAUGAAGAGUCUGCUAGUUCCAAUAUAAUAGCGCAGGUGGCACAAAAGAAAUCACCGGUGAAAACUGCAGACAAAACGGAGGCUGGUGCCGUGUCGUCAGUCAGCAAAGAUAGUGCUGCUGUUAAAACAGUUACCAAUAAAGAAUCACCAAGCAUGAAAGGCAAUAAAAUUCGUGAAAGAUCGCCAACUAAAAAGCCGCGCUUUACCGUCGUCGACAGCGCGUUCAAAGCAGCAGCAACACAGAAGAAAGUAACGAUUAUAGAAGAAACUACGGCGAGUAAAGCAAUGGCGAAAAACGAGGAAAUAGUUGUGCCUGUAGUAUCUGCCAAAACGGAACAAACGCAGGAAUCAAUGCCACAUGAGAAUCUUGAGCUUAUAAAACCUAAGGAAUCUACUAGCGCCGAUAUAACUGUAAAGGAGACUCAAGAGAAGAAGCGCCAAUUAAAAACAACAAAUAAAGUGAAAGCUGCGGCCUUGAUUAGUGUCAGAAAAGAUCUUGCUGUUGUUCAAAUGCCAAUUAUAGACUUGCUGCCAACCACACAAAACGCCACGAUUGAGCAGAUAACCGCUGAAAUAGAAACUUCAACAUUCAAAGAUAACAAGUUGGCAAAAGCUUUGGCGAGCGAAAAGCAUACAGCUGUGGCAGAAGAUUCAACAGCAGAAGCAGCGACAAAUGCGGAACUAGCUAGGCAAUCAACAUUACUGGAAAAUCUAGAUCUAAUAAAAAUUGUCGACCCGACUUCCAGCAUAACUAAAAAAGGCGCUGAGAAGAAGCGACAUAAAAAAUCUGCGAAUGAAAAAACCGUUAGUGCCAAUGAAGAGAUUGUGCUUGCUCAAACAUCACCCAAUAAAGCUUUACAAACUGCGCCAACCGUUAAUGCGGCCGAAGCUGUAUUGACGGAAACAUCUUCGGCUAAAACACAGUCAACUGUUAAGGACGAUCGGAAGAGCAAGAAAUCGAGCAAAAAGCCAUUAACCGUUGACUUUGAAUGUAUUGAUAUUAAAAAAGUUGGAGUGUUGGCGAAUCCGAGACGACAGACGAAAGGCGCCAAUGAAAUGAAAUCUUCCACUUCGUCUACUACUCAAGAAGUAGAUAAAACAUCAAUCAUCGAAGACGUGCAACCUAACGUGGAUAAGAAUUCGGUCGAAAUAUCGUCAGUCCAUGAAGAAUUGCUGACUUCAGAAGAUGCCAUAUUGGCAGAAAAAUCAUCGAGUAAAGAAUCGGCAAGUGUUAAUAAAACAUCAAAGGUAGAAAAAAAGAAACGGCCAAAAGAUAUUGAAAAUUCAAAAGCCGAAAAUACGACCACGGCCACAGAAGUAGCAAAAAUCACGCCUUCAACCGAAAAACCUACAACAACAUCGGAUACCGUCUUGACAGAUACUAAAAUAAAAACUGAACCUUUAGAGCAAAUUGAAAAAACUCAUUACUCCACAGAGAAUAUACAGAUUAAAGAGGAAGAAAUAUCCCAAGAUGCAGUUGACGUGCCAGAAACAUAUCUAAAUGUGGACGCAAAGAGAUGCAGAAAAGAGAUAGUUAUAAAACCGUUCGAUGUCAUACUGACUGCGGAAAAGAUAAACCAGCAAGCCGAAGCACAUCGCGGCUGCCGAAAUAAAGAAACACUUAGGAAAUACCAGCAAAAAGUUGUAGACAAAACUGUGCCGGUCGCAAGUGACCGCAGUGUCAGAACGAGAAGAGCCAAAGCGUCGUCAAAGAGGGAAUGUGUGGAAACAGCACGUGGACAAUUGAGCGAGAUUGAUACAACGCCGUCGACUAAAGUUAUAAACACCGACAAAGUCGACACCGAACUUGUCGAAAUUGCUGAAAAGGAAGCACCAGUAGGCAAAACUGUGUCGGUUCCAAGCAGCACCAGUGCGAGCACGAAAAGAACAAAAGCGUCCUCGAAAAGGGACAAUGUUGAAACAGCGGAUGAACGAUUGAGCGAGAUUGAUACAACAAAUGUGCUAAAGAAAGAGCAGAAAACUCUAAAAUUUGUCGAAGUGCCGACCACCAAAGUCGUAAACACCGACAAAGUCGACUCGGAACUUGUCGAAAUUGGUGAGAAACUUGCUUCGGAAGAUAAAAAUGCCACAGUUGCAAGUAAGAGCAAUGUCAGAACGAGAAGAACCAAAGCGUCAUCGAAAAGGGGAAAUGUUGAAACAGUAGAUGAACAAUUGAGUGAGAUUCAUACCAACAAUGCCAUGAAAAAAGUGCAGGAAACUUCUGAAGUUGUUGAAGCGUCCACCGAAAAAGACCAUCCCGAACCCGUAGCAAAUGCGGAAAAAGAAGCUUCGGCAGAUAAAGCAGUGCCGGUUGCAAGUAAGGGCAGUGCCAGAACGAGAAGAACCAAAGCGUCGUCGAAAAGGGCAAAUUUGCAAACAGCAUGUGAGCCGUUGAGCGAGAUUGAUACAACAAAAACGUUGAAGAAAGUGAAGGAAACCCAUAAAGUUGUUGAAGCGCCGUCCAUUAAAGUCAUAAACACCGAAAAAGACCAGGCCGAACUCGUCGAAAAUGCUGAAAGAAAAGCUACGGUUGAGGAGAAAGUAAAGCGCGCCUCAGAGCUCACAAAUUCUACUACUACCACAAUAGCGGAGGUAGCAACUGUAGAUAUUGCUAAUCAAAUAACAGAAAAUGUGAUUGCUGAAUUAAAAUUACUAUCGCCGGAAGGCCUCCCAGACCCCGAAGCCGAGAAAGAACAAGAUAAUACCACUUCAUCUUCACCAAACGCUGAUUCCGCUGCUGAUGCGGAUGUCGAGAAAGAUACUAUUUUGGCGCCGAGUGCUGUGCCAGUUGUGGCGAACAACUGUCCAGUGACAAAGUGCGAUGAGGAACAAAAGACAGCGCUGCUACUUGAUUCAUCGAUUGAUAUAGUUUUGGGCAACUCUUCCCUUAUGAAGAUCAAUGUAAAUUCGGCAGAGGAGAUAGCAACAGCGUCAACAGAAAUGUUUGCGGAAAAUUUAAAAGAAAACACCAUGGCAAAAGAGGGCGAUAGCGGUAAUGUGACCAAACACGCACCAUCGUCGACCAAAAGUCGUUUGGAUGUUUUGACCGCUGAGAAAAUCAAUAGUGUGUUUGAGAAACUGCUUGAAGAGCAAUGUAGUCCGAUCAAAGACAGUGCGAAUAGUAAAGCCAAAGAGUCAAUUGUGCCGCAUGCGCAGUUAAAACGACAAACGACCGUGAACGAAGACGAAGGACCACGGAAGGCAUCCAACAGAAACUCAUUGAGCAGUGUAAAACCGAUUUCGGCCAAAGUGCCGGAGGCGCUGUUCGCUGAUGAUGAGAGUGAAAGUAGCAAUGCUGACGAUAGUACAAAUGGCGAACAGUUCUUCGCACCAAUAUUAAGUCUCGACGAUUUAUUGAUUAAAAAAGAUGAACCCACAGCUGACGUAGCCCAUAACUUUCCGUCACAAGAGGACACCAACACACUACAAACAGCCGAAACAGGACAUGGUUUGGGUACGCCAAACUUUGCAGUGGAAUUGGAAGUGGAGACUACACAACCGAGUGUUGAUAAUACACAAACAGAGCAGCAAGCCGAAUGCGCCAAUGAAAAGCUCGAAGAAACUGUCAAAUGUGUUGGGGGUGAGGAGCUUAAUACGAAUUUAGAGGAAACCGAUGCAAAUUUUUCGCUCUCCAUGACCGAUAUUAGCGCCAUAGACAUACCGGGUGAUCUCAAUAUAAACAGUGAAUAUCCCGAUCUCUUGGACGCAGUGCUCUUCGAACAAGUACGUCAAUCUAUUGAUUGCAUGAUCUCAGGCACGAACUCGGCAAAGAAAUGGUCACAAGACAGUUUUGCCACCGCACAACCGACUGUUAUUAACUUCAACCCAACAGAGCCCGUUGUCGCUACUGAAGAUCAACAUCAUAUUGUGCCGUUGCCCCAAGAGAGCAACACUAUACCAACCAUCGACGGUAAGAUAGCGACGAACAAUGACGACGCGAUUGGCAUAGGACAAGAAAGUUUUCUAGGCAGCAUUAACUCACUCGAUGAGGUGGAAGUGCCUACAACCGGUUUCGAUUUGGUUGGCAGCUUUACCAUUGCGGAUUUCCUAUCCGAAGCCGGCAGCGAUUUAUUUGCCUUUCCCGAACUCGAUAAAACGCAAAGUAGAAGUAAUUCCAUCUCCUCUGAAUCGAAUACGUGCGAAACGCCGCCACCGCCUGCUAUCGACACCGUCAACGAGGAGACGAGCAGUGACAAGCCGUAUGAGAGCGCAACAAUGCAAUGUCAACAAAGUCAAAAUACGAAUUCGGUGGCGUGUGAUCAUAGCUAUAAUAAGGAUAUAAACGAAGUGGCAAAGCCAAAAACCAAAGUGCGUAAAAAGUCCACAUCUUCCAAUACAUCGAUGUCAAGUCAAAAGAUUACGCCAUCGCCGUUAAAAAGUCCUGAUUUAUUGAAUGUAUUCUCAAGAGCGAAAUGCCAUCCGAAACCCUUCUGGAAAGUAAAAAAGAUGGAUGAAAUUAAAACAUCUACGCCGAAGAAAGAAGAACAGUCGCCCAACUUGCCCAAUGCCCAACAAGUUCCUACGGCAGUGAAGAGAGCAAUUAACCUUUCACCAACUGACGUGGAGAACAGACAGAGUAACAAAAAGAAGCGAACGGGUUAUAGCAUGCCGGCGCUCGAAUUGGGUAUUGAGUCCAAUCUGUUGGACGUAAACGUUUCGCGUGAGUUGCCCGAAAACAUCACCAAUACAAACACCAGCGAAAAAAUUGAAAAAAUUGCUAACAAUGCCGAUGAAAAUACACAAAAAUCAACAGAGACUCCUGGCACAUCUCAAGAUACCACCAAAAACGACAAUGCAAAUUUAUCCAACAAACCAGAAACAAUAAUUCCCGCAACCAUAGUCAAUAAUCGCUCCACUACACCCAUAGAAAUAACCGAGGUUAUAACAAUACCCGCGCCAGUUUUAAUACAACCGAUUAUACGCUUACAAAGCCAAACCAAUCGCUUGCAACGCAUAGAUCCAACGCCAAGUACGUCACAGCAAGUUGUCACCCAUGUCACAGCAAUCACAGCAGAAAGCCAGGUAAAUUUCACCAAAGCUCCAUUGGCAAGUUCAUUAAAAGUGGAUGACAACAGCCGCACCAUCCGCGACUCCACGCCCACGCUCGAUGAACAUGAUAAAGAUGAAUGCGAAUUGAGUCCACCGAACAAGAAGCUCACCAUAAAUGUAUCAGCGCGCAAGGCGGCGAAAGAAGAAUCAACAGUGGGAUCGGAUGAGCCGCCUGCCAAGCGAUUUUGCGUGGAAAGUGUCAGCGAGUCAAUGUCGACAAAUGAACUCUUCGAUAUGUUGAAGGUCGAAAAGACAUCGCAGAAGACUGACAAAGUAACAUGCGCUGCGGGCAACUCGCCGCCGAAAGAUUCAGAAGCGGGUAGCAGUGGGUUGGGAAAUAGGAAAAAAGAGCAUACGCCGAUAAGCUCACCCACAAAAGAGAUAAAAACCGAUGACGUUCGUGUACCGCAAAAUAAAUCGCCCACGGCAAAAACUCCAGCGAUUAAGGAAACGCAGGAACCCAUACUUAUCAGUAAAGAAACAUUAGCAGCAUUAAGAAUUCAGGAGCAGGCUUUGAAAAAUAAUAUAAAACCCACGGAACUCUUUGAGCCACUCACGGCCGAAAGCACGGUUGAGGAGUCGCCGAUCAAAGCUACAUCCUCAACAAUAGCAGAUGCCGGGCAUAAAAGUUCCCCUAAAGUGUGUACGGAAGCGAGUAGAGAAAAGAACAGUACACCCUUGGAUACGACAUCCGACUUACCUACAAGUAAAAAUCGUCCAGUCGCUGCACAACCAAAGAGAAGAAAAUCUGUUGAAUCGAAAAGUGCUUUACUGCCUUCAAAUGAAUUGUCUAAAAAUGUGUGUAACGUUCCAUCAUUCACGCCCUCAAGUGCCGAACAAAGUUCCAACGCACUCGUUAACAGCAUUCAGUUGAUGAAACAAAAGGAUAACACAAUCAUAAGUUCCAGUUUGCCGAAGGAGACAUCCUUCAAAAGUAAUGCCAAUACAGGCAUCAGCAAAACCUAUAUUGACAACAACACCUAUCUAGCAAUAUCACAAGAGAAGGACGCCACAAGCAAAAGCAACAAUGUGAAAACUAAAGAUCUUACCACUACAGGAGAUCUAAAAUUGGAACUGAAAAUUAUCUCCCCAUGUCAACAAGCACAGCUCAUAUCACCACACAGUAGAGUGCCACCAAAAUCAACACACGCCGCAGUGCCCAGCUCGGUCCCAACGAACUCCAAUCGUUUUCAUCCAUACCAAAAAAAAUCUACAACACCACCACCACCACCGCCCCCAUUAACCACCUCUUCGUCGGCGUCGUCAUUGUUACUUAAAAACCGAUUUGCGCCUCAUAGACAAAGCAGAGACAGUCAGUCGUCAUCGAGUACAACUUCGAGCGAACAGGUUACCCACAAAAGAAAGGAUAUACUCAAACCUAAUGAUAAAUCUUACUCACAACGUCUACCGUCCGGUGUAACAACGCUACCGCCAUCAAUGCAUUCUCGACCCUCUUCAAAUUCUCAACCUUCUAUCAGCUCAAUUGUACAACCCCCGUCUGCCAUCGAAUUGGCAUCGAUAAAACUGACUCCUCAAGAGGAAACCGAAAUAUCACGUAGACUGGAAGAAUAUCGUGCUACCUUGCCGACGGCUAAAACUUAUGGUGCGCAUAAGGAAAAUCAACGUUUGGUAAAUGUUAAGGAGAAGGAUUUGCGCCGAUAUUUUGCUGAACGCGCAUAUCGUCGCAAGCAAGCGCAACAACAGCGCGUAAGCGGAAGUGGAAGCGGAGAUACACAACGUUCCAAACGUAAAGCCAAUAUCGAGUCAUAUGAAUCGAAUUAUAAAAAAAUCUCUAUGCACACUCACAAAUCGGAUGCUACUACUAGUGGUGGUGGAGGUAUCAGAAAUAUUGUUGGUGGGCCUGCUGCUAGCGGUUAUCAAAAUAAAUUUAAACCCCAGCAAAAUCAUACAAAUCGACCGUCUAGACCACAUCAUGAAUAUGUCAAUAAAUUUGGCGAAAUCGAAAAGUUGGUUGAGAAAGAAAAGAAAGGUACUACGGCUAGUAAAGCAAAACCUGCGGUAGCACUUACUGCCUCCA